AUGAGCAAACCAAAGAUUUCCUUAACAAAAGGCAAGCAUCCUUGCACCUUUUGUCAGGCUCGAAAAGUAAAGUGUGAUAGAAGUUUACCAGCUUGUCAAAAUUGUAUAGAAAGAAAUGUAACGGAGCUUUGUGAAUAUGAUGACAAUGGAUCAAGGAAGCGUGCAAGACUGGCUGAUGAUGUCAACCUAUAUGAUAAGAAGUUAUUCAAUAUCUGGAAUCAGUACGAAAGAUUGUGGAUACAUGACACUCUUGGCCAGUGCCAGCAGGGAGUGUAUAUGGGCAUCGCUUUUCCUCUUGAUGUUUCUGAGUAUAAUAACACGAAAGACUUCUAUGGAUAUGAAUGCCUCUUUUCAAAAGAAAGUAUCUUCAAAAUAUUAGAUCAUUCUUUAGAGCGGCUUGGCUGGCUUUACUUUGGUUUUUUUACAGAUAUAAGUGAACUUCCUUACCAGAUGGAACGGUAUUGGAAUGAAUAUGAAUCAAUGAAUAUAAACUUAGAAAAUGAAGAAGCAACCACACGACAAACAACUUUCAAGAAAUCUGCGGAUCAGAUUUUGUGGGAUUUGGUGUUAAGGUCAGUUAUAGUAAUGACCAUUUAUUAUAUGCCUGCCAAAAGCAUUUUAUCAUUAGUUGAUAUCGAUGCAAUUGAAAAGUACCCAUUGGAUUUCUCUGAGAGUAACGAAGGCGUUGACGAACUGAAAAAAAAGUAUGAAAUAUUUGAUUACUGUCUAAGACACACGCUCAAUAAAGUUCUCAGAACAAUAUUCACACUACCCCCGGAUGUCCGAACUCUGCAAAUCUUUCUCAUUCUAAGCAAUACAAAUUUUCUACAGAUAUAUCCGUCGUUAGGAAACAACAUUCUAGUACAUUGCAUACAUCUGGCAAAAGUUCUGGGCAUUAAAGAUUUCAAACUCAAAAUUAACGAUUCAGGUUCUACUAGACUUCAGAAACUAUCUAUGCAUAAUAUAUGGUUUCGUUUAUCAACUGUUGAUUAUAUGAGAUCUAGUCCAAACAAAAUAAUUGCAUUACAUACAGACAAUAGCUCUGCAUUGACUCGAAAAACUUUAUUUACUCACUGUUCUAUUGAUAGCAUAGAUGUUUAUGACGUGGAGAGUAAUUUAGAAGUCCUUCGGUGGAAAAUAACCAGUUUGGAUCGCGAUUUGGAAGUAUCAGAGCCAUCAUUGAAGACAUUGAAAGCAAUGAAAGAACUUCUCGGACUUCUAGAUAGAAAAACAUCCGUCUCGAACGACGCUUCCUUUAACACGAAAUUUGAGUCCUUUUUCCUGAAAUUACAAUGCAACUUUGUAAUGUGGAAAAUAUUGCGAUAUGAGUUUAUGCAAUAUGGAGUAACAAACGGUUUGCAGAAAUUGUGUUGCCCAGCAAGACGUAUAAUAGCGCUGGUAGCAAAUUUCUUAAAAGAAGAUUAUUUUGAGUACACUACACAUCCCUUUUGCGUGCACAUUUUAUGUGUCAUUGCCGGGUUUUUUUCUUUUUACUGUAUAUUCCAUGAGGCUGAUGAGGUACGCGAUCUCCGUAAUGAUGCGGUAGGUCUUCUAAAAUUACUAUUUGAUCCCUUACGACCAGUUAUAAGUUGUUUUUUUAGCAACCUUUCUCGACUUGAAGAACUAAGGCACAUUUGGAAAUCAGUAGAAAUCACUGAUCAAGCAAACCGGCUUGUGCAUCCAGUAAUGUAUGUUCUGAAAACAGAUAUUAUUAAACUGAAAAGAAAUUUGGAAAUCAUAUCAGGUUCAUUGAAAGACGCUAAUUAUCAAGAAACAUUUAAAGAUAAGCUUGAAAUCGACAUAAAUACACCGGCACUUAGUUCGGAUUUUCUUGAAGUUGUAAGAGAAUUCAACCUCAGUCAUCCUCUUGACAUAAAUGGUAAAAUGAGCCGCCAAAACAAUUAG